AUGCUGCUGCAAGCUCCUCUCUUUUCCCAACGCCCCCUAGUUACAAUGGGAGCUGCCAGGGCUUCACGUCUCAAAUGGACAGUUCCUCCAGCUGCCCUAGCUGCAUACACUGCGGGGGAAUGGUCGCACCCAGGUCAAUCAAGGGCUCGUUUUACUGCCUCGAAAGCACGAUCGACGGAUGAGGAGUCGCAGAAGUCAAAAUUGAGCUCUAAUUCCUCGGAUCAAGAAACCAAAGACUAUGGGUCAAUUUGGACCAACAUCGCCCAAAGGCUUGAUGGGGUUAAGCAAACGGUAGGCUCCGGUGAUUGGGUGGACGUGGGUAGCCUGACAAACUACAUUAUUCCGGACUGGACCAGAUUUGUCCCAGCUACGGUCCAGAAGCUCCAGCGAGAACUCUCCCUAGCUCCUGGAUCCCUAGCAGAUGACAUUUGGAAGGAGGCCCACGAUCCGGACAUCAAUCCUGAAAUCCUUCGCGAUGCCAAGGUACGUGUGAGUGGAGACCUCUGCCCCGAGGAGCAGGAGUUCAGGCGGCAACGAUCGCGAAAGGUCGUCAAGGCAUUGUCCUCUUAUCUCAAUAUCCCCGAGGACGAGAUUCACCCCGACGAUGUGCCUAUUAUCGCGGUAUGCGGCUCAGGAGGCGGACUACGUGCUCUGGUCGCGGGUACUGGGUCGUAUCUCGCAGCCCAGGAGGCAGGUCUAUGGGACUGUGUGACCUACACAGCUGGUGUCAGUGGUAGCUGCUGGCUACAAACACUCUACCAUUCUUCCAUUGCGCAACGGGACUUCGAAAAGCUUGUUGACCACCUGAAGAAUCGCCUUGGUGUCCAUAUUGCCUUCCCACCAGCGGCCCUGGACCUACUCACCACGGCGCCGACAAACAAGUUCCUUCUCAGCGGAUUUGUGGAGAAGCUAAAGGGUGACCCCGGGGCCGAUUUCGGUUUGGUCGAUAUCUACGGAAUGUUGCUGGCAGCGAGACUGCUAGUUCCCCGAGGAGAACUUGGAGUCUCCGACAGGGACUUCAAACUUUCAAAUCAACGAACAAACCUGGUCAAUGGAUCUCAUCCCCUCCCCAUCUACACGGCAGUACGACACGAGAUUCCAAUCCUUGAUGAGUCAAACGAAAAGGCCAAAGAGCAGCCUACGCCUGAACAAUUGAUGAAAAAAUCCCAAGAGGAAGCUUGGUUCCAGUGGUUUGAGUUCACUCCCUACGAAUUCUUCUGUGAAGAGCUUAAUGCCGGUAUUCCCACUUGGGCACUCGGACGACACUUCGAUGCAGGUCGCUCGGAAGUAACAGUGGAUAAUCUCCCCAUCCCGGAGGUCAGAGUUCCCAAUUUGAUGGGAGUUUGGGGCAGUGCCUUCUGUGCCACUCUAUCCCAUUACUACAAAGAGAUCAGGCCCCUAGUGAAAGGCCUGGCUGGAUUUGGCGGGAUUGACUCGCUCAUCCAGGGCAAAAAUCAAGAUUUGAUCAAGGUUCACCCCAUUGAUCCUGCUGGAAUUCCGAACUAUGUUAAGGGCAUGAAAGAUCAACUGCCAUCGUCUUGUCCAGAGUCAUUCUUCCGCAAUGAUCAUCUGCGUCUCAUGGAUGCUGGAAUGAGCAACAACCUUCCAAUCUACCCGCUGAUCCGCCCGGGCCGUGAUGUUGACGUUAUUGUCGCAUUCGAUGCCUCCGCAGACGUCAAGCAGGAGAACUGGCUCUCUGUAGUUGAUGGAUAUGCCCGCCAGCGCGGCAUCAAGGGCUGGCCUGUUGGCGCCGGAUGGCCCAAAGACGCAAGCAUCGAGGAUGCCGAAAGUGCUCUACGAGAGUCUCAGAACACCACCGACAAGGAAUUGAGCGAAAAACUUGCGCAUGCUCAAAAGGAAGGCGCUAGAGACAACAAGCAAGCCACCGGUCAAAAGCCACAAGGCGGUACAGACCUAGGCUACUGCAAUGUCUGGGUCGGUAGCACAGAAGAACGCACCACCGACGAAGAACCUCCACCAUCAAAGCGACUCUUCGACCCCCAGAGCGAAGAUCACUCCGACGCUGACUUCCAUCUCAUGCGCCCAGACGCCGGUAUCGCGGUAGUCUACUUCCCUCUCAUCCCCAAUCCUUCUGCCCCCGACGUCCCACCCAAGCCUGAGAUUCGGCCUCGGGCAGCUGCCCAAUCUUUGAGACAAGACGCUUCUCAAACCAAGGACCCGGAGAUGCCCCUCGCGCCUCGCCCGGGCUCGAUCGAUCCAGAUGUCGAUGACUUCCUCUCAACUUGGAACUUCAUCUACACGCCUGAGCAGAUUGAUUCGGUGGUUGGCCUUGCCAGGGCUAAUUUCUCACAGGGCGAGGAGCAGACUCGUCGCGUUGUCCGUACUGUCUAUGAGCGCAAGAAGUCCGAUCGAUUGCAGAAGGAAGCUCAAGAACAUCGCAAAAAGAUGGAAGGCUUCGUUCCUCUGUGA